GUUGUUAGGCUGUGGUCUGACCUCAUCCUGCUGUGAGGAUCUACGCUCUGUUAUUAUCAAAAACCGAUCUCUGACCAAACUGGAUCUGUCAGGGAAUACCCUGCAGGACUCAGGAUUAAAGCUUCUGUGUGAGGGUCUCAGGUACCCAGACUGUACCCUGCAUGAGCUGCGGUGA